AUGAAUUCUCAGAGUCAGACGAUUGGCACUCAGAAGAGUGGCCCUGGAAAUGAGGAGAGUGAUGAGGAGAUGGAUUAUGAGAGUGAUGAGGAGAUGGAUUAUCAGAGUGAGAUGAGUGACGAUGGCGAUGAGACGAGUGGCAAUGACGAUGAGGAGGAUGAGGAGUAUAAUGAGGCGAUAGGAGAAUGGACCAAACGCAUAUAUGACCUCAGGUUGCCACUGUAUCGGGUUCCUAUCCGGCCAAAAUAUGAGGUAGAGCUGUACAACCCCGAAGGUAGAUUUAUCCUACCACCCUACUCAAAUCUCGAGGAUCCGAGGCGACGUGAUUGGUACCAUUUUUUCGGAAUACCUCACGAGAUCAGUGUUAAAAGGUUUAUAGAGCCGUCCUUUGAGGAGGAAGUUUGGUACCCCUUUAAAGGUUGGAUGAAAACAGUAGCUCGAGCUUGGUUCCAACCAGGAGGAGGCGUUCCAGGGAACCAAGAAAUCCUAGGAAAUUUCUAUGAUCGAGGAAAUAUCAAUUUUUUCAUGGUAAUGAGAUCCCGAAUCAGGGUACAGAAAGCAUACGCCUACUGGACGCGCGUUUCACACAUUUUCCGACAUUUGGCAAUGUCCGAGAACCAGCAUCAAUUACGUUCGGAGAUGCUCCUAUAUAGCCUGACUGGUACCAAUGGCUUCACUCGGCACGGUCACGAUACAGUUAAUACGGUAACUUCACAGAUGUAUGAACUUGAUUUAUUCUUAAAAUCGCCAGCAGUUCAAAAGCCCUUUCGAGAGUACUGCGAUAGCUAUCUGCGAUUCAACCCGCAAACAAGAAACCCAAAAUGGAACAAGAUACAGCCUGUCCUAGCAGAUACCAAUCUGCGAAAUACGGUGCUUCGUACCUACGGCUUUUUCUUGCCUGACUCAGAGAGUAUUGACAAAACAAUCUGGUCGCAUGAGGACCAUGCAAUCCGAUUUAUACUUAGCCUUUAUUUCAGGGGACAACAUUACCUGAGACUUAAUGAUAUAUUAUCAGAUAACGCCAGGGGUUGGCAGGAAUAUUUCUGGAGCCAUGUCAUUGCGGCAGGCCCAGAGGAUCGGCAUUGGUUCGGUUUCUCUCUUCUGAAUCUGCUCGUAUGUAGUUGGCGGUGCAAUUUCCACUAUCCUGAUGCCAGGUACCCACGUUCCCUUGUCCCAGCAAUUCACGCCAACUUUAGAGGCGGGUAUUUCGAUGCUCCAGACGCUGAAGUGGGUAGAGUAGAUAUCUCCCCAUAUACGAGAUGGAAUUUGUCGAAUAUCCAUGAAACCACCACAGACUGGAAUCUGGUGGACAUGAUGGGUUUUACUAAUGCAACAAAUCGGCGUCUGGAAGACGAGGAAAGCGACUCCGAAGUAACUGAUUUUGGACGACCAUUGAGACCGUCAUUAUUUGGGCUUCCUGAACCUGAUCCUCCCGAACCUGGGCCUGACGAGGGAGUGCUUAUAGAUGUAUCCUCUAACCCUGCUGAAAAUUCGCCUCUUCUUUCACCGUCACAAGCAGAUUUAUCAGGGUUAAAGUUUUAA